AUGAGCACCAUGCGCCUGCUGACACUCGCCCUGCUUUUCUCCUGCUCUUUUGCCCGCGCCGCCUGCGACCCCAAGAUUGUCAACAUCGGAGCUGUGCUGAGCACGCGGAAGCACGAGCAGAUGUUCCGUGAGGCCGUGAACCAGGCCAACAAGCGGCACGGCUCCUGGAAGAUCCAACUCAACGCCACGUCGGUCACCCACAAGCCCAACGCCAUCCAGAUGGCCCUGUCGGUGUGCGAGGACCUCAUCUCCAGCCAGGUCUACGCCAUCCUAGUUAGCCACCCACCUACCCCCAACGACCACUUCACUCCCACCCCCGUCUCCUACACAGCUGGCUUCUACCGCAUCCCCGUCCUGGGGCUCACCACCCGUAUGUCCAUCUACUCAGACAAGAGCAUACACCUGAGCUUCCUGCGCACGGUGCCGCCCUACUCCCACCAGUCGAGCGUCUGGUUCGAGAUGAUGCGCGUGUACAGCUGGAACCACAUCAUCCUCCUGGUCAGCGACGACCACGAGGGCAGGGCCGCGCAGAAGCGCCUGGAGACGCUGCUGGAGGAGCGGGAAUCCAAGGCUGAGAAGGUGCUGCAGUUUGACCCGGGAACCAAGAAUGUGACGGCCCUGCUGAUGGAGGCACGAGAGCUGGAGGCCCGGGUCAUCAUCCUCUCUGCCAGCGAGGACGAUGCUGCCACCGUGUACCGUGCAGCUGCGAUGCUGAAUAUGACGGGCUCUGGGUACGUUUGGCUGGUGGGGGAGCGAGAGAUCUCCGGGAACGCUCUGCGCUACGCCCCGGAUGGCAUCAUCGGACUACAGCUCAUCAAUGGCAAGAACGAAUCAGCCCACAUCAGCGAUGCCGUGGGCGUGGUGGCCCAGGCCGUGCACGAACUCCUGGAGAAGGAGAACAUCACCGACCCGCCCCGGGGCUGCGUGGGCAACACCAACAUCUGGAAGACAGGGCCACUCUUCAAGAGAGUGCUGAUGUCUUCCAAGUAUGCAGACGGGGUGACAGGCCGCGUGGAGUUCAACGAGGAUGGGGACCGGAAGUUUGCUAACUACAGCAUCAUGAACUUGCAGAACCGCAAGCUGGUGCAAGUGGGCAUCUACAAUGGCACCCAUGUGAUCCCUAACGACAGGAAGAUCAUCUGGCCGGGUGGAGAGACAGAGAAGCCCCGAGGGUACCAGAUGUCCACCAGGCUGAAGAUUGUGACCAUCCACCAAGAGCCUUUUGUGUACGUCAAGCCCACGCUGAGCGAUGGUACGUGCAAGGAGGAGUUCACCGUCAAUGGGGACCCGGUCAAGAAAGUGAUCUGCACCGGGCCCAACGACACGUCUCCGGGCAGCCCACGCCACACAGUGCCACAGUGCUGCUACGGCUUCUGCAUCGACCUGCUCAUCAAGCUGGCGAGGACCAUGAACUUCACCUACGAGGUGCACCUGGUGGCUGACGGCAAGUUUGGCACUCAGGAGCGGGUGAACAACAGCAAUAAGAAGGAGUGGAACGGGAUGAUGGGCGAGCUGCUCAGCGGGCAGGCGGACAUGAUCGUGGCGCCGCUGACCAUCAACAAUGAGCGGGCACAGUACAUCGAGUUCUCCAAGCCCUUCAAGUACCAGGGCCUGACCAUUCUGGUCAAGAAGGAGAUCCCCCGUAGCACACUGGACUCGUUCAUGCAGCCUUUCCAGAGCACGCUGUGGCUGCUGGUGGGGCUGUCAGUGCACGUGGUGGCUGUGAUGCUGUACCUGCUGGACCGUUUCAGCCCCUUUGGCCGAUUCAAGGUGAACAGUGAAGAAGAGGAGGAAGAUGCGCUGACCCUGUCUUCAGCCAUGUGGUUCUCCUGGGGCGUCCUGCUCAACUCAGGCAUUGGGGAAGGCGCCCCCCGAAGCUUCUCAGCGCGCAUCCUGGGCAUGGUGUGGGCCGGGUUUGCCAUGAUCAUUGUGGCCUCCUACACUGCCAACCUGGCUGCCUUCCUGGUGCUGGACCGGCCUGAGGAGCGCAUCACAGGCAUCAACGACCCACGGCUGAGGAAUCCCUCCGACAAGUUCAUCUAUGCAACUGUGAAGCAGAGCUCAGUGGACAUCUACUUCCGGCGGCAGGUGGAGCUGAGCACCAUGUACCGACACAUGGAGAAGCAUAACUAUGAGAGUGCAGCCGAAGCUAUCCAAGCCGUGCGGGACAACAAGCUUCAUGCCUUCAUUUGGGACUCGGCGGUGCUGGAGUUUGAGGCCUCACAGAAGUGUGAUCUAGUGACCACCGGCGAGCUGUUCUUCCGCUCAGGCUUUGGUAUUGGCAUGCGCAAGGACAGCCCCUGGAAACAGAACGUCUCCCUGUCCAUCCUCAAGUCCCACGAGAAUGGCUUCAUGGAAGACCUGGACAAGACGUGGGUGCGGUACCAGGAGUGUGACUCUCGCAGCAACGCCCCUGCCACCCUCACCUUUGAGAACAUGGCAGGGGUCUUCAUGCUGGUGGCCGGGGGUAUUGUGGCUGGGAUCUUCCUCAUCUUCAUCGAGAUCGCCUACAAGCGGCACAAGGACGCUCGCCGGAAGCAGAUGCAGCUAGCCUUUGCGGCAGUGAACGUGUGGAGAAAGAAUCUGCAGGAUAGAAAGAGUGGUAGAGCAGAGCCCGACCCUAAAAAGAAAGCCACAUUUAGGGCUAUCACCUCCACCUUGGCUUCCAGCUUCAAGAGACGUAGGUCCUCCAAAGACACGCAGUACCAUCCCACUGAUAUCACGGGCACGCUCAACCUCUCAGAUCCCUCGGUCAGCACCGUGGUGUGA